AUGGAAGUAGAACGUCUUCAUAAGUUAGAAAGGUCAGAGUAUUUAAUAGUUUUUCAAUAUUGCUCUUCUAAAGAACUUUCUAAGUUUAUUUUUAUUAAUAAAUAUUGUAAAGAUUCAAUAGAGAGAAUCACAAAAUACACAACAAAUUCAGUUAAUUUAUUAUAUUUAAUGGAUAGAUAUCCUUUACUUAGAAAAAUUAAUUGUAGACUUAGUUGUUUACCAACAAAAAAUGGAUUACCUGAAUACAUUGAUUUGUCUGUAAUUGCUGAUUCUCCGUAUUACAAAAAUAUAAUUGUUAUUCAUUCAAAUAAUAUUAUUGACUUUCAAGUAAAAGAUACUGACACAUACUUACCUUUACCAUUUAUGCCUAAAUUACAAACACUAACUAUUCGGUUCACUCAAAAAGUAAUUCAAUCCCUUUCUCAAAUUUUACAACAAAUACCACAAUUAAAAAAAAUUGUUAUUACUUCAGUUAGUACUGAGUAUUUCUCAGAAAUUAAUAUUCUUCAUUCUGCUUCUCAAUUACAAGAAAUUUAUAUUGAAUUCUUAGAAAUGAAAAAAGAUAGUUUAAAACAUUUUAUCACUACAUUAUCUAGUCUUGGUUCUCAAAUUAAAAUUGUUAUUACUAUUCAUAUGAAUAUGUUUGAGGCAUUAAGUUAUGAACAUAUAGACAGUGUUUUAGAUUCUCCUAAAAACUUUACAAUUUACUUUUACAAUGUUGAUCUUCGAGAUAAUUCUAAAAGAGAUAUUUGGGAAUAUAUCAUGAGUAAAGUUUAUGCUGAACCUUUUCGUUUUUUCCUUUCUUUUACUCCUACUAAAUUUCCUUGUUUUAAUCAAAAUAUGAUGGACUUUUUUAUUACAGCAUAUCUUCCUGAUUUUCCUACAAUGGUUAUUCAGAAAAGAAUUGAAGAUAAUAUUAAUUCUUUAAAACUAUAUAAUAGUGUUGAAUUUACUAGAUUACCUAAAACUUUAGAUAUUUGUUCUUCAUUAAAACGUGUCUUUUUGCAUCCAAUUUAUGGUGAUAAGACAAAACGAGAUUAUAUAGAUCUCAAUUUGGUUGGUUGCCCUUCAUUAGAAAUUCUUGAAACUGAAGGACUUGACAUAUUUCAAUUUCAUUUAGGUUCUCAUCUUAAACACCUCUCAAUUAUGAGAGGAAAAGUCCCUCAACUCUUUGAUUUAAAAGAGAACUCUAAUAUUCAAACUCUCACAUUAGUUGAGUUAGAAAUUAAUACCUUAUUAUUACCAAAAACUUUAAAAACUUUAAAAGUAGUGUCAUGUCAAAUCCAUUCUUUUAAUUUAGAAGAACUUGAUGGUUUAAAAUCGUUACAUUGGAAGUAUUUAGAUUUCAUUUUUAUAUGUCCAAAAAAUAUUGAAAAUAUUAAAUUAAGUAAAAUUAAAUUUGUUAGAGAAACAAAUUUUGCAUUGUACACUCAAUUAAAAAGUCUAACUUUUCAAAAAAUUUCAAGUAUAGAAUUCUUUAACUUACCAACAUCAGUAGAAUGUAUUUCACUUGAUUCACUUAUUAUUCUUAAAUCAUUACCAAGUCUUAAAGAAAUGAAAUUAUUAACUUCUUUGGAAAUUGAACAAUGUCCUCAACUAAGUUCUUUGACAAUUCCAUCGAAUUUAUUAAAACUUAAAUUAAAAAAUACUCAAAUUGACCAAUUAAUAGCUUCUUGUGGAAAUGAGAAUGGUCCUCAGUUAUCAACAAUUGAAUGCAAUAAUAUAGAUUUCCUUCCACAAUUUCAAUUCUUUACUCAACUAAAAGAAAUUGUAAUUGAAGAAUGUCAAAUUAAUGAUCAAAUAUUAUUUCCUAGAUCAAUAAAAAGUUUCUCUGGAAUAAAUUGUAUUUUACAAUCCCUUGAUUUUAGUAAUUGUUCUGAAUUAAAACAAUUAUCUAAUUUUAAUGUCUAUUGCAAAUCAGUUCAAAUUUCUCCUUCAGUUGAAGCACUAAAACUUACAUAUUUAUCUAGUCUUAUUGCUGAAAUAAAUGAAACAAGUCAUUUAACUAACUUAACCCGUUUAGAACUAUCUUAUGUUAAUCUAUCAAAAAUAGAUCUCAGCCCAUUAACUCGAUUAGAAUCAAUAGAUUUCAGAGGUGUUUCUUAUUCAACAUUAAAAUUACCUCAAUCUCUCAAAUCUUCUCAAUUUAAAUUUAUGACAUCAGCAGACUGUGCUCUUGAAUUACAAGAAUUAACACAACUCCAAUCUAUAGAAAUUAUUUCAUUCUCUCCUUAUGAAUAUUCUUUCCCUAUUUCUCUUAAAAGUCUUAUUAUUAAACAUUCACCUAAAUUUACUGUAAGUCUAAAUAAAUUCACAAUUUUAACUAAUUUAACACAAUUGAUAAUAGUUGAUAUUCCAAUAACUCAACCAUUUCUUAUUGAUGACUUUAGUUUUGUUGAGACAUUUAGUUUUAGACCUAAUGAAUAA